AUGGUCAAUUGUUUUGUACCAAAUUGUAACCAUUACAGCGAAACAAAAAUAUGUAAAUUUUUUAGAUUUCCUGUGAAUAAAUUGUUAAAAUUAAAAUGGACAAAAAAUAUAAGAUGUCCAAGUGUGAACUCCCGAGUUUGCAGCUGGCAUUUUAUUGAUGGUCUAAAAGAAAAUAAUCCAACAAUAUUCAGUUGGAAUAAAGAAAAAAGAUUUUUAUGUGUUUCCCCAGAGAAAAGAAAUAAACGGAUACCAAAACCUAUCUCAAAAACAUUAGUUGCCAAUGAAGAAGAAUUACCUGAUGAACUUGAAGAAAAUCAUUCAGAAGUAGCAUCUCAAUCAGAUAUUGAAAUUGAGUCACAGAUGAACUUAUAUGAAUCUACUAAGCACAAUGAAGAGAAUUCAGUUUUACAUUUAAAUGUUAAGUCGGUUGGAUCCAUUAUUGAUGAACCAGAAAAUGCCCUUUUAAAGAUUGAAAUUGAGAGGCUUAAUUCUACAAUAAAUAGUUUAAAAAAACAACCAUUCUCGUUCGCAUUUAUAGAAGACAAUGAUGAAGCAAUAACUUACUAUACUGGAAUGCCUAAUAAGACUGUGAUUCAUGUAUUAUUUGAUAUUUUUUAA